CGGGAUCCCAACGGAGCCGGAGCGUCUCCUCUCCUCCUAUAAAAGAGGAAGAAACCUGUUUUUUUGUUUCUGUCCACGGAGAUCGAAUAAUGGGGGAGAAGAAAAAUUAGUAGAGACAGAAAAGAAAAAGAAAUCAAAUGGAGCGAUGUAGCCGAUCGAAGAACCCGUCGUUCUCGUCGUCUCUGCUCGACGCCAUCUACCGCUCCAUGGACGAUGAGCACGGCGAUAAGAGCCACCGGAGAGCACCCGGCCGUUCCUCCAACCACAAGAAGCAAGCGGAGCAACCCACGGUGGCACCCUCCACCGAUCACUGCCAUUACCGACCCUGCGUCACCGAAUACCACCGCCGCAGCGUCCCUCCCACUUCCAGCUCCUCCUCCUCCUCUUCGGCUUCCUCCACCACACCCACCGCCGCCACCACAAGCAGCAGCUCCGUCGGCUUCUCCUCGUCGUCCGACGUCGAGUCCAUCCGAUCGGACCGCAUCCCUCGGCCCGAUCUCCUGGACCCGGGGAAAAAGAAGAAGAAAUCCAAGUGCGGAUCGAUCCGUACCGGGCUCCGGAGUCUGAGGAAGAGCCGGGAGCCCGCCUCGGCUGCGGUGGCAGGAUCGUCGUCGGCGUCUCCAGGAGCGCGGCUUGCGAGCUUCCUCAACGCCCUGUUCGCCUCCGCGGGGAGCCCCAAGAAACCCAAGAUACCUAUUCCCGCCGCUGCGUCGGUGGCGGCCGCGGCAGGUGGAGGUGGGGAGGACUCGGCGUGCUCGUCUUCCACGUCCAGUUGCAGGCGCUCGUGUCUGAGCAAAACGCCAACGGCGGCGGACCGGCGGCGGGCGUCGGGGGCCGAUGCGGGGAAGCGGUCGGUGCGGUUCUACCCGGUAAGCGUGAUCGUCGACGAGGACUCCCAGCCCUGCGGCCACAAGCGCCUCCAGGACGACGCGGGCAAUACGGCGCCGCCGGUGGCGGCGAGGGUGGAGGAGCUGCUGAGGGCGGCGGGGGCGGAGGUGGAGGCAGAGGAGGAGGGCGACGGCGACGGAAGCGAGUCGAGCUCGGAUCUGUUUGAAUUGGAGAAUCUGACGGUUAUGAUGCGCGGUGGACGGUUCCGCAAUGAGCUACCCGUGUAUGAGACCACCGACCCUCACACUAAUCGCGCCAUCGCUCAAGGUUUGAUCCAUUAGGGUUAAAUAUAAUACAUUACUAAAAAAUAAAGACAAAAAA